AUGAGUUAUGCUGAAGCGUCGCGGGCAGCGAUCGAUGCUUUCGUCGCAAGCGGUGCAAAAGGGAUUGUGAUUGCAGGCACUGGUGAUGGAACAAUCCACAGAUCACUGCAACAAGCGGCAAUCGAUGCAGUAAAACAAGGCGUGACAAUCGUACGCUCGUCUCGUGUAAGUUAUGGUCACGUGUCGCAUGACAAACUCGAUGAUCAGGCCAACUUUCUUAGUGCGGGUACGCUCAAUCCAUGGAAGGCACGCAUACUUUUGAUGUUGAUACUUGCAGAGGGCAUCAAUGAUCAUACUGAACGUCAAUCCAUCUUUAACCAUUACUAAACGUGAUCCACUAAAAGUUUAUAUCAUAGCCUGACCUCUUAUGUACAGUUUCUAUGUUCUAAGUGACAGUAUUCUCUUUUCUCUAUAUGUGCACUGUAUAAAUGUGAUGAUGGACUAUCAGUAUUUUUUUUUCAGUUUUUACUCAUACUUUAAUUUAUUUUUGUAAUCUGUCUUUAUAUGAUAAUGGAUCGCUAUGAUUGUAUUGACUUAAUUCAGAAGAAAUGAACAUUCUCGAUAAAUUGUCAUCCUACUUUCUUUUAUCUCAGAAUUAAGGUUCCUUAUUUACAGUGACCGAGCUUUUCCAGCGAAUUACAGAAAAGAAUAAUAAUAUUUUUGAUUGAUUGAUAUCUUUCAUUUUGUCAAUAUAUAGGUUAAUUAAGCAUUUCAAAUUUGUGGAUCGCUUUGGGGUGAGUAAUCAUUAAAUAGCCAUAAGGUUAGACAGACUUUGUUGCUCAUAUAUUAUGACCAACAUACGAACAAUUUCUGUUGUUUGAUCAUAUACGGCUUAUAUAUUAAAGAUGCACAUAUGGAUUUGUCUUGUGAGAAAAAUGCUUUUUUUCAGUUAGUUUUUUUCUUUCAUCUACGUUUUCCUUCGCUGAUGAUCAUUCACUCGAUAACAUUGGUAUGACUUAAAGUCUAUAAAACAAGCUAAACUGAUUGCAUCUGUUAUCCAAAUCAUUGAUCUGAUCGCAUUUAGAUUCACGUAUUCAUUCCGAUAAUCCAUACAAUUUAUUUAUAUUCGCGUCGAUAAUAUUGACUCUAUUGAUUAGACAAUCAACUUAUUAUAUUUCUGCUGUCAUUUAAUGACGAAUCUAACAAUGAGAUUUUGC